UCUAGCGUCCGAGGGCGGCUAUUGGUCCCGUGCCCGCGGACUGACGAGAGAAGCAGCCAAUCAGAGGGAAGGUCAUGCGGAAGCGGAAAUGAGGUUUCCGUGGAGACAGCGGAGCCUGCGGAAGGCGGCGGCCGUGGUGGCACCUGCGAGCCGAGGCCUGGGAAGGGCAUGGCGGCGCCGACGGUCCUGUGAGAGCGAAGCGGCCGCGGGGCCCGCCAUGCGCCGGCGGCCCUGACAUGGGCGCCAGCGGCUCCAAAGCUCGGGGCCUGUGGCCCUUCGCCUCGGCGGCGGGGGGCGGCGGUCCGGAGGCUGCGGUCGCUGAGCAAGCUUUGGUGCGGCCGCGAGGCCGAGUCGUGCCCCCCUUCGUAUUCACGCGCCGCGGCCCAGCCUGUUCCCCUCUCCCUCUGCACAGCUCCAUGUUCUAUGACGAGGAUGGGGAUCUGGCUCACGAGUUCUAUGAGGAGACAAUCGUCACCAAGAACGGGCAGAAGCGGGCCAAGCUGAGGCGGGUGCAUAAGAACUUGAUUCCUCAGGGCAUCGUGAAGCUGGAUCCCCCCCGCAUCCACGUGGAUUUCCCUGUGAUCCUCUAUGAGGUGUGAGCCUGGAGAGUGGCGGCAUAAGCACCUCCUGGCCCAGCAAGAAACCUCCAGGCUCAAGGUUUGGCUUCCAGUGAGGAACCUAGGCUGGGGCCACAACCCUGAAUAAACUCCAUUGGCCUGGAAUCUUCAGCUGUGAGCGGGGCAGUCCUGCAGUGUUGAUUGGGUGUUGGUUUGUAUCUGGACAAGAGGUGGCUGGUGGUUGGCAAGGGAUAAUGGUGGAGUUACCAGCCCACCUUCCCCAGCAGUCUCUACAAGGAGCAUGGCAGGGCAUAUACUGGUCAGGAAUGCCUGGUUCCUGUCCCCUUGCCUGGCCUGCUUUCUUCCAAGCUUGCCUAGGGCCCAGCCCUGGUAGGGGCUACAGCACUUUACAAGCAAGGUCUGCCUUCUUCCAGCCCUUGGGCUGUGGGAGCUGUACAGAAGUGGGAACUUCCUUUCCCUCACUUCCCUUACCCCUUCAUUGGAGCAUUUCAGCCGUUUGCUACCUCGAUUCCUCCUGUGUUGGACAGAGGCUGGGGACAGCACAAGCCUGAUUCUUCCUGCCCAUCUGUUCCCACCCCCAGAUAGAUGGACAGUUUGCUGGCUGUUAAUAAGAGUAGGACUGGUGUGGAAGGCUUUUCCCUUCACCCAGGGCUGGGCUGAUACCUUCCCACUGCAACUAGUUGUUGCCCUCCACCCCCACUGCCGGUUGAGAGGGCAUAAGAUGGGAAUGAGGAAGGGCUAUGGAUGCCUAUGCCUAGGGGGAGUUGCCUCAACCCACCUACUCUGUCUAAUCCCCUUUGCCUUUGCACCAGCCUCCCCACACACACACACACCCCAUUGGGAGGAGACCAUCCACUACCCUAUGGUGAGGAAGAGCACCCUAGGGCUGGUGCCAGUAGCUCUGAGGAGCCCACCAUCCCUUCCCCUACAGUAUACCCAUCCCUUCAGGAUCAGUCAAGGGAAAGUACUGGCGACCCUGGGUAGGGACAGAAAGGAGAAUAACCAUCAAAGGAAUACUUAAAAUGUGAAAGUUUGUAAAUAGUCUAGUUUAUGAUGUUGUUGGUGCAGAGUCUGAUUUCUACAUAGAAAUGACUAUGACUUUUUUUUUUUAAUUCCUUACUGUGCAAGCUCUGUGCUUCAAGAGUGUGGGAAAUGGCUUGGGGAGGGUGGCCCCCAAUCUAGGAAGGCUGUUGUUGUGUUUUUUGUUGUUUCAAUAAAAUUAUUUGUAGACCCUACAUACAAGAGUGGCAUGCUCUGAAGCUGUGACA